AUGUCGGAUCUUGGAAUGAUGCAUUACUUUCUUGGAUUACAAGUAAUGCAAUAUGUUGAUGGAGUAUUUAUUUCUCAAAAGAAGUAUGUGCAAGAAAUUUUAGACAGGUUUCAAAUGAGCAAUUACAAUCCUGUUACCUCACCAACAGAAGUUGGGUUGAAACUAACAAAAAAUCCUGAAGGAAAGAAAAUUGAUGGCCCUCUCUACAAGCAAAUUGUAGGAAGCUUGAUGUACUUGACAGCAACAAGGCCAAAUAUCAUGCAUGUUGGAGAAAAGUCAGAUUUGAUUGGGUUCACUAAUAGUGAUUAUGCUGGAGAUUUAAAUGAUUGGAAGAGCACUUUGAGAUAUGCUUUUAUGCUGAGUUCAUGGGUUGUUUCAUGGUCAUCGAAGAAGCAACCAAUCAUCACCUUAUCAACCACUGAACCUGAAUUUGUUGCUACAUCAACCUACUGCAGAAUGGAACCCUCAGCGUCCAGAUCCAAGGAAGGAGUCGACUCGUCUUCGCUGGAUGUUCCCACGGACGCAUCCCUUGAGGUCUUCUCGGUUCUCACCCGAGAGGAGUUCAAGAGGGUAAAGAGACAGUUCGACGUCCGCGCGGAGGUGUUCCUCCACGCCACCUGGUCGUCGCGGCAUCCUUUGAUGGCUUAG